AUGCGGAGACUUUUCAAGAAAAACCUGCUACUGCAGUCACCAGCAGAAGGUAAGUAAGGGUAAGUAAGGUCUCAAUUUAGACUAGUAAGAUUUUUGAGCAGUUUAAUUUGUUGGUGUAGAUGGAGAAGAGAACUUUUUUCAAAUUCACCAUUAUCACAGAGACCAUAAUGCAUAUUGUUUACCCCCAAAAUUUUGCAUAACCCUUGUCUUCAAUUUCUCUUUGGGAUGACUGUCAUCACGUCCCAGGACAAAUUGGAUACAAUGGUUAGGCUAAAUUUUAGAGGUAAACAACGUGUAUUAUCGUCUUAGUAAAAAGGGUAAAUAUGAAAAAAGUGAUCGUAACUUCUUCUCCAUUUAAACCACCAAAUAAAACUUAUCGAAUAUCUUACUGGUUUAUGUUUAUAAAUCGAGACCUUUCUUACCCUUACUUAACAUCUGCUAGUGACUUAAGUGGAAGGUUUUUCUGGAAAAGACUUUGCAUAAAUGUUUUGUUUGGUUACAUAGCUAGAAAAAUCAAACAAGUUUUUUCUUAAGGAAUAAACACUCUAACUUUUCCCCCUGGGGUGUGGGGGGCCGAGCCCACACCCCACUCUCCCCCUUCCCGGGAGGGGAGUGGGGGAGGGGGGUUUGGGCGGGAGCCCACACCCCACUCUCCCCCUUCCCGGGAGGGGAGUGGGGGAGGGGGGUUUGGGCGGGAGCCCACACCCCACUCUCCCCCUUCCCGGGAGGGGAGUGGGGGAGGGGGGUUUGGGCGGGAGCCCACACCCCACUCUCCCCCUUCCCGGGAGGGGAGUGGGGGAGGGGGGUUUGGGCGGGAGCCCACACCCCACUCUCCCCCUUCCCGGGAGGGGAGUGGGGGGGGGGGGGGGGAGCCCACACCCCACUCUCCCCCCUUCCCGGGAGGGGAGUGGGGGGGAGGGGGUUUGGGGGAGCCCACACCCCUCUCCCCUUCCCGGGAGGGGAGUGGGGGAGGGGGGGUUUGGGCGGGAGCCCACACCCCACUCUCCCCCUUCCCGGGAGGGGAGUGGGGGAGGGGGGUUUGGGCGGGAGCCCACACCCCACUCUCCCCCUUCCCGGGAGGGGAGUGGGGGAGGGGGGGUUUGGGCGGGAGCCCACACCCCACUGCCGGGUAAUUUAUUCAUAUAUUCAUAUCUUUUUUACUCAAAAGAGCGCCGCAUUGCCGGUUUGUAAAAUUCCGUAAACUCAAAAGAGCGCCGCACUGUUGUUUCCUAGAUGAUAGGGUAUUUUUAGAACCUUGCUUCUCAAAUGAGCGCCGCACUGCCGUUUUUCGUUAAUGUCGUUUUGUUAAACAUAUACUCAGAAGAGGGCAGCACUACCGUGUUCUAGAAAAUGGAGCAUUAUUAACAUCUGUAUUCUCAAAAGAGCGCCGCACUACCGUGUUCUUGAAAACAGAAUAGGUUUUCGGUUAUGCAUAUAUCUCACGUUUCAUAGGGUUAUCAGAAGAGAAUUUAAGGCUUGACAGCAUUUGAAUUCAAAGACGUUACUGCUUGUUGGCUACUAAACGUUUAUUUGUGCAAGUAACUACAUAAAUAGUUUAUAGGAUAAAUAUUGACAAGUAAUACUAGUUGCAUAAUACAAGAACUAACAAUUAUUUUACCCUGUUGACAACACAGAAAACAUACCGUAAAAUUCCGAAAUUAAGCUCCUGGGUUUAUAUUUUUCAGUCCCAUUAGAGGGGAUCAUCUUAGGAGGGGCUUACAUGGGGAAAGGAAAUUUACGUCUCAAAACUUAAUGCCCUGAGGACGUAGAUCUUACUAAAACUCAGCCAUGAAAGUGCUUUGUGCAUAUGCAACGAGGAAAUCCAAGCCGAGAGUUAAGAGUGGACUACGCAAACAGCAAUGUACUGUGACUUUUUGACUGCAAUCAUUUGACACCCGUAAUAGUUCUUUGGCAAAUGCAAAAAUUCAUGUCACUGUACAAGUUUUUGCUUUGCUUGAUUUUCAAUUUGAGGGCAAUUCCAAGUACAGGCCCCGGAGGCUUAUAUUCGAGAGGCGAUUUAACAGAGGGUUUUUUUAGCGUUACGAGUUUGGGGGCUUAUAUUUGGAGGGACUUAUUUUCGGAAUUUUACGGUAUUUACCAGGACGAGUUUUUCAUUCUAAUAAUUAACGUGCGUGUUAUCUCCUGUACAUAUAUUUUCAUUACAAUGGCGAACCCCUUUCCCCAUUCCUCUCCCGGAGAGGGAAGAGUGGGUGUGGCUACUGCUCUUAACCCUGUUCCCUUCCGUUUAGUCAUCAGCAGAUCGUAAUAAGGGUAAGUAAGAAAGGGCCCGAUUUCCAAACAAACUCUCACUUUGGGCCCGCAGUAAUUGGCGCUAACUGUUGCGGUGUCCCCACUUGUACCCCUGUGAAUAUAUGAACCCUUUUUUUGUAGUGUCAAACUUAUUGUCUGGCAAAGCUAAUAAAAUAAAAAUUAAAAAAAACCUCCACUUAGAUGAUAAUGCACCUUAAUAUACCCCCCAAACUUUUGCAUAACCAUUGUUUCCAAUUUCUCCUGGGUAUUACAGUGGUCCCAAGAGAAAUCAAAGACAAUACUUAUGCAAAAUUUAAGGUCUACAAAAAAAUUGUGAAUUUGAAGAGUUCUCUAAAGAGAAUAUCACGUGAUCUACAAUGGGUUGUUUAAAACAUAAGGAGCAUAUCAAUUAUAAAAUAAAGUAUAACAGAAAUUACUGUCUUUUUAUGGAAUAUUAAUAUCUAUCUCAAAUGUCACUGACUAAAAAUUCCCAUUUGCAAAGGAGGAGGGUUGUUUAACUUGGCAGGGUUGUGGGUUACUCAUUGAUAUGCAUAUUUAAACAUGACCUUGAAUAGCGUCUGGGCUAGGCUUACUUCCUUCGAGCAGCGACUACACUUGACAAAUUUUCCCAUUUGCAUGAAGAAAUUACUAAUGAGCUGCAAAUAAGUCAACUUUGAGAAGAGGAUACCCUCAGCUUCUUUCACUGGAACAAGUUUCCCAUAACAACUUUUCCUUAGUGGUGUAAAUGAAUGUUGACAAUUUUUUUUUGUUUUCAAAGAAAAACCACCAAGAUCUUUUAUUUUAAUACACGAGCAAGACUUCCAAAGAAAACUUGCUUCUGUAUUCCUAUGGAUUUAGGUUCUGCGGAAGGAAGUGUUAUUUUAUUCAAUGAGCUGCCCUCUGCAAACGUUCAAUGAAAACAGAAAAACUUAUUGAGAGAAAAGAAAUGCAAAAGGACAACAACAACUAAACGGUCACUAGACCUGUGAGAUGAUGAACAAUUUGAGCUUAAUCUCACUUUUUGGGUUUCUAAUUACACAUGUGGAUGAGAAUGGCCGAUGCCAGGCUUGUUUCCCAUUAUCUAAAAGUAACACGUGGGAAUGGGUUGAGUUUGUUGUUGGUUCUCUCCUUUGCUCCAAGAGGUUUUUUCUGGGUACUCCGGAUUUCCCAUCUCCUCAAAAACCUACAUUUCCAAAUUCCAAAUCGACCAGGAAUCAGGUAGUCGAAGAACCACUUUGUGGGUGUGCUACCUCCCAAUCAUUAUUUAUUUAUUACUUAUUUAUGAGUGGGUAUACAAAAAAUAUAGCUACGAGCUCGCUGCCUCAGGUGCCCCUUCUUUUAAAGGAUCGAUGGUAUUUCCUGCUUUCCCGCACUGCCUAUUGGGGCAAGCUUUUUGUUUGGUUUGUUCCGGUGCAUUUCUUGCAUGCAAGUAUAACAGUUUCAUACCACUUGAGUGGCCAAAAACUGUUAUGCAGGAAAGCAAGAAAUACCUUUGAUCCUUUUAAAGAAAAGGAGUAUAUUUCCAAAUGAUAGUAGUUUUUUUGCCUCAGCACCUGAGGCAGCUUGUAGCUAAUAAAAUUGUAUGUAAUAUAUAUAGAUUUAGACAAGGCUAAAGGCAAAGUUACCAUUAUUACAUUGAUAACUUACUUUAAACAAUAAACUUGUAACCCUUGAAAAGAAAUCCAAUUAGAGUUGAGCCAUGUGGUAUUGGUCAGCAGUUACCCUGUUUUGACAGCUGUCAUCUGCCCACAACAUUACAUGGAUGAGCAAUAUCAUGUUGCAAGCUCCCACACUAGCUAAAAAGUGACAUUUCAUCUUGGUUUCCCGUGAUGUGGACAGAGGGAGGGAGGGACGGGUGAUCAUGUGACAACCAAAACUUAUCCGAUAGAUUGACAACCAAAUUAUCUUAGCUAAGGUAAAUUCCCGCAUUUGUCUUGUUCCAAGGCAUUCUUUCCUCCCAGCAAGGUGAUUUUGUAUCGCACAAUUGACCACCUUCAAAAGACCCACUAUACCAUAUGACUGGCCAGCCUGGGUUUUGAAAUUUAGGUUGGGGACAUAAGUAUCUCCCCCUCACCCCAGGGUGCAAAACUAUGUUUUUAAAAAUGACUGGCACUGGAAAAAUAAGAAAAUAAAGCAAAUGGCAGACAAGCUGAGAAAGUAGAAAUACUAUCAUUGUCAUAUGGUCAGUCAUAUAGCACAAAUGGCUGAAAGAUUUUGUUUACCCACUACAAUUAAUAGAAGAGUAAAUUCAGACAAUUGGUCACUUAUGCUGUGCAGCUGCAAACCUCAAUAAUUCAACUGAAAAUCAACCCAUUAUAUAAUUUCCACUAUUUUUACUACUCUUUAGGUUUUCCUCUUUACUUGCCCAGCUCUUCUGUUAUUAGCUUGUUCAAGGGCAUUUUUGAAUCAUUAUCAUGCAUGUAAUAGAGUAGCCUGUUUGUCCUAUACACUCUUUUACUACAAUAUAUUCCUCAAAAUAUCUUAAGUUACAAGCUGGCUUACCGGUAGGUCAUAGCCACUACUAACUAUCAACCAAAAGAUGGAAUUAUAAUGGUAACUACAUCUUUAAAUUUUAAUUUGAAGUGCUACUAUCAUGGAAAAAAUCAAUUCUCUUCUCUUUUAACCAGAUUAUUACUAUUUUUUGAUUUCUUAAACAAGUUCUUAUUAUUUUAACCAUGAUUAUUCAUUUGGUUUGAUGGUGCAUCCAUCAUAAAAUACAUGUAAUAAUCUUCUGUUCCAGUUGAGUUGCAACAAUAGAAAUUGAUUGUGACUGGGUAUGAUUUGAAGUUGUAUCUGAGGUACAGAAAUAGAAUUUGAAAUAAAGAACCAGAUUAAGUAAAAUAUUGUUCAUGUACAAAAUUUUUUUAACAUUUAGAUUACCUGUGGGUUGUACAGGUUCUUAUACCAAGGAUGAGCCAAAUUUUCCUCUGCGAAAUACUGGUAAUCUAAUUUCACAGAAAACAGUGUGGUGUGACAAGGUAUUGAAUUUUGAAGAUUUUUCAAGACCUAGUAAAGAAAUCCAGUAUUUUUCCCGGACUUUGCUUUUUAAGAUGACAACAAAAAUACAAGACCUUUUCAAGCUUGUAAAAACGAAGUAUGAAUGCUGCCAACUAAACACAGGGUAACUUGAGAAUUCCAACUGCAGCAUACUAAACAAGCAGCAUUCAUACACUUAAGUCAAAUCCGCUGAAACAAUACCACCACUUUCAUUCACGAUGCAACUCUUGCUGCCACUUGACUGACAUAAAAUUUAUUUCAGUAAAUUAAUGUGGACAGUUAAAACACAUAAUCAUUGUCAAAAUAACAGCCUUUUCUUUGCAAUAACGACCUGAAAUGGUUAUUAAAUAAUCACUAUUUCCCAAAUAUACCUGCAAAGAAAAGUGAAUUGACUCUGGCCGUUAUUGCACAUUAAAUAUCCUUUGCUUUCCCAUAAAAUUACUAUGAAGCGAAGACAACUUCUCAACAGGUGCUUGAAUGCAGCUUCCUUUAUUAUGACAUUUCACCACCAGUGUGCAGCCACAGUCUGUAAUCACAAACUUCCUUAUUCUGAUGGAUUCAUGAUACUGGAAAAAAAUAAACAACGAUUCAGUCUACACCUGAACUGACAUUGCUGUUGAUAAUGAUUUAUCAAUAGACACUUCCUUGGUUUUAUUUUAAAAUAAAAACAGUAAGUAAAAAUCCAGGAAAUAACACCUUAACCCUUCAAUGACAGCUUAGUCGUUUUUGUUCAAUAAUAUGAAACGAUGCAUAUUUCCCUUCCAGGACCCAUUUAGCUUUCAGUUUAAGCUAAUAAGAGGGUGAAAAAGGUCAGCAAAGAUACAUCUUUCCACUAAUACCUCAGUCUCAAUAUUCUGACAAACUUGCACUCACUGAAAAAAGAAACAUGUUGCAGUCACCAGAGGGUUAAAAUCAGUGAAGUGGCCAGUUUGAGAGGAACUUGUUGAAAACUGACAAAGAUAUAGCUCCAUAGAGUCAGCACAUAUCAAAUUUAAACUUGGUAAGUAGUGUUGACGAAUAUUAGCUUACUGGACAUCAAAACUUGCAAAACCAUAGAAUGGGGUCUAUCUUUGUAAUGUUUUAUAUAGAAUUUUGAAACUGAGAAGUGGUUUGCAAACCAAGGCACAGCUUAGCUCAGUGUGCAAUUUAAAGUGGUAGAAAAUUUUGUCUAUACUGCUCUGAGAUAAAACAAAUUAAAAGUACCAUUAAAAUUCCUCCUCAACAAGAAGAGGCUGGCAUUAUUCAGUCAUAAAAAAACUUUUUUGAGCAAUUUCCCCCAUCAAUUACAGUGAGGAUAAAACUCACAAAGGGGGGGACAGUGGGUAUGAACAGUUGCAGCUAGAUGCACGUCUGAAAGCUCCACAAACCUGCAUGGCUUUGAGAAAUCAACACAACACAGUGAAUAUUGCCUUUUUCUACCUCUUUCGCUUUGCUAACAUUGCCACUGACAGCAGUUACGAGCAUGGGAAACAAAGAUUUAGAUAAAAAAUGGCUGAGGAUAAGCAGCUCUAGCACCGACACGAAUUCCAUCGAGGCAGCCCAAGAUGGCGACUACAUUAAAAUGACACUAACAGAAUAUCUCAUACUAAGGCCAACAGCUUUCAAAGAUAAUACUAUUAAAAAUUUGAGAAGAACAAAUUUUUAGCUGAAUGAAGUUCAAAUGAAAAUACAAGCCCUAAAAAAAAACCUGUGAAGUAAAUAAGACAUCGAACAACACCAAAGAUUCCCUUGAGUACACCCAAGGUGAACAUGAUAGACUUCCAGAACGUGUCGUAAACUGUGAAAACAAACAGUCCACUUGUUGCUGACUCAUUUAAACAUCUAUAGUCACCUAGUUGUCAAUGAAAUCUAAUUUCCUACAGAGUCAAUGAGUACAGAGACAAAGAUUGUUUGUCACUGGUUAGUGGUACGCAAUGUCUCAACCCGAAAUUUAAACCUACCACAGGAAGAAGUCUCGAAUAUGAAGCUUUGCAGGGCACACUGUCUUGGCAAGCCAAACAGAAGCAGAGCCUGGCCUCUCAUUACUUGCUUUACAUAUCGUGCUGACAAAGAUCGCAUCUGUAGGGUUCGCUAUAGGCUGAAAAACUGACGUAUUUCAAAGGGCUAAGACAUACUGGAACACAUAAUUAGGAAAACGUCCUUAUCUCUGCAAUGAAGAUUAGAUAAAAUAUAAUCAGGAAACAAAAAGCUGCAAAGCUACCUUUGUAGGAGAUAAGUUAGUUGUUAAUGGGAAAAUUUAUUUUGAUUAUGACA